AUGGGCUCAAAAAUGCCUCUCGUUGGUCCCAGUUUAGCCAUUUUCAUCGUUUCGAUUGUGAUGAUGGUUCUUUCGAUCGUGGCCGUCUCUCUGAGGACUUUCGUACGACUCUAUAUCGUUCGAGCAUUUGGUUGGGAUGACGCUCUUAUGCUGGCAGCGCUAGCAUUAUUCGUGAUCUUGAACGCAUGUAGCUUCAUUGGGGCCAUGAAUGGGGCUGGCCGUACUAGCGCUGCUUUCAAAAAUCACGAAGUCUAUAGAACGGCGUUGCUGUACUGGUGGCUCUGUCAGAUCUUUUACACAUGGGCAUCCGCACUUGCCAAAGUAUCUAUCGCUGUCGCCCUCCUUCGAUUAACGGUCAAAAGAAUUCACCGAAUCAUCAUCUGGGGCACUAUCGGUCUUACGCUUGCCGUCAGCUUCAUGUUUUGGCUGGUGCUACUUCUUGAUUGCCACCCAAUCUCAUACUUUUGGGACUAUGCAGAUCCUUCAAAGUCAGGAAGCUGCAUGUCCGCGAAUAAUUUGGUCAAAGUUGCAUAUGUUUACAGCUGUUUGACGAUUAUAUGCGACUUGACACUCGGACUCCUGCCGAUAUUCCUCGUCUGGAAGCUGCAGAUGAACUAUCGGACGAAGAUUGCGGUUGGCGGAAUCCUCAGUAUGGGCGCGAUCGCAAGCGUCGCAGUCAUUAUCCGAAUCCCGUUCCUCCAUUUCUAUGCUGACACAAAUUUCCUCCACUCUACCUAUCAAAUAGCCAUCUGGUCAGUCGUCGAAACAGGCCUCGGAAUCACAGCAAGCAGUCUCUUCACUCUCCGACCACUCUUUCGUUGGCUACUCGACGAAAAGUUGUCCUACGGUCGAAACACUCGCAGUCAAGGACGAGACUAUAACAAAUACGCGCUCUCCAGUUUCAACAACGACGGGUUGAGGGUAGGUAAUAAUUCGGGAAAUCGGUCUUGCAAUGACGGCAAGGUAGUCAAUCAAGUCACAAUUCCCCCACUCCGGGAUUUUAUGACUGGUAACAGCAGCGAAGAAGCUUUGUACCCUGAGCCAAAUCCCAUCACUUCGGGGAACUAUGUCACGGUCUCAAGGACAUUUGUACAGACUAUUUCAGAAAGAACGAAAUAG